GAUGGAGCCGUCGUGGCUCAUCAGAUCAACUGAAGGUUGGGGCGAUAGGGUUUCUCUGUGAGUGAAUCACCGGAUGGGGGCGGGAGAAGGAGGGGGGGAAAUGGCGGCCGCUGCGGUAUCGCUGGACGGGGUUCGGGACAAGAACGUCAUGCAGCUGAAGAAGCUCAACACUGCCCUCUUCCCUGUCCGCUACAACGACAAAUACUACGCCGAUGCCCUCGCCUCCGGCGACUUCACCAGGCUCGGGUGUUGCUGUAGGGUGGUCAAGACAAGGUCCCAGACUGUGAAGAAAAGGAUAUUUGAAAAGUUAACAUGUUCUUAUUUCAGUGACAUAUGUGUUGGUUCAAUUGCAUGUCGGCUUGAGAAGAAGGAAGGAGGGGCCAUCUGUGUUUAUAUUAUGACCCUAGGUGUUUUGGCACCAUACCGUGGGCUUGGAGUUGGUACAAAGUUGUUGAAUCAUGUACUGGACUUGUCACACAAGCAGAAUAUUUGGGAGAUCUACUUGCAUGUGCAGACAAACAAUGACGAUGCAAUUGCCUUCUAUAAAAAGUUUGGAUUUGAAAUCACAGACACCAUACGGAAUUAUUAUAUGAACAUCAGUCCACCCGAUUGUUACGUGCUCAGUAAAGUCAUUCCCCAACCUCACUCAAAAAAAUGAUCCUUGGUGUGCCAUCUCUGGACCUGAAAUUUUAGACAACAAAUGGCUUUCAGCCUAUGAAAUAUUAUUCCGAGAGUGUGUUGGCUUAUCCUAAUUUCUUGGGAGGCGGCGGAAGACUUUACUGGUGAGUCUUCCAUACAGGACUGACUAUAUGUUGUUGGCACAAGGCUACCACGACUUGUUGGUGUGAAAAGGCCAUUGACUUGUUGGUCUGCUUUAACUUGGUUUUUUUGGCAACAGGAACACCCUCAUGAUAGAGUUUGUUCAA